GGCCGCCCAAUGGGGCCGCGGGGGCGGGACGGGCGGGCGCGCGGCGGCGGCGAUGAUCGAGCAGCACAAGCGGAAGGUCCCGGGCGGUGGCCCCGGCCCGGGCCCCGGCCCCGGCCCGGCUCCGGGCGCCGCCCCCGGCCCCGACCUCCCGCUCGUGCCCGCGGCGGCCAAGCGGCCCCGCCACGACGUCCCGGGGGCGCCGGGCGGCGGCGGCGGCGGCGGCGGCAGUGGCGGCGGCGGGGGGCAGCCGCCGCCGGGGGCCCUGCUGCAGGCGGGCCCGCCGCGAUGCUCCUCGCUGCAGGCCCCCAUCAUGCUGCUGUCGGGGCACGAAGGCGAAGUGUACUGCUGCAAGUUCCAUCCCAACGGCAACACCCUCGCCUCCGCCGGCUUCGACAGGCUCAUCCUACUAUGGAAUGUCUAUGGGGACUGUGAUAAUUAUGCCACCCUGAAGGGACACAGUGGAGCAGUUAUGGAGUUGCACUAUAACACAGAUGGCAGCAUGCUCUUCUCGGCAUCCACAGAUAAAACAGUGGCUGUGUGGGAUAGUGAGACAGGAGAGAGAGUGAAGAGACUGAAGGGCCACACAUCAUUUGUUAACUCCUGUUACCCAGCAAGGCGAGGACCCCAACUUGUUUGUACGGGCAGUGAUGAUGGGACAGUGAAGCUGUGGGAUAUCAGGAAAAAAGCUGCUGUCCAAACAUUUCAGAACACUUACCAGGUCUUGGCUGUGACUUUCAAUGACACCAGUGAUCAAAUCAUAUCGGGGGGCAUUGACAAUGAUAUUAAGGUAUGGGACCUUCGCCAGAACAAGCUCACUUACACGAUGAGAGGACACGCGGACUCCGUGACAGGCCUCAGUCUGAGUUCAGAAGGCUCUUACCUGCUCUCUAAUGCGAUGGACAACACAGUUCGUAUCUGGGAUGUACGACCGUUUGCUCCUAAAGAGAGAUGUGUAAAGAUAUUCCAGGGGAAUGUGCAUAAUUUUGAAAAGAAUCUUCUGAGAUGUUCUUGGUCCCCAGAUGGGAGUAAAAUAGCAGGGGGAUCAGCAGACAGGUUUGUCUACGUGUGGGACACCACAUCCAGGAGGAUUUUGUACAAGCUGCCGGGCCACGCCGGCUCCGUGAAUGAACUGGCUUUCCACCCGGAGGAACCCAUCAUACUGUCUGCAUCCAGUGACAAAAGACUGUAUAUGGGCGAGAUCCAGUGAAACUGAAAAGAAGAUGGCUUGAUUUAUGCCCUUGAAACCUUUGGUUUACAGAAGUAGGAUUAACUUGCUUCUAACUGAUGCCAGCCCCUUCUCACUCUUGUGGUAAUGGGAAAACAUUGAAGCAGCUUGAUUAAACAAGGAGCGUUCUUUGCAGGCUGUAAUGUUUGCAUGGUCUUGCCAUACAGCUUGCUUUUUUGUUGUUUUUUUUGUCUCCUUUGAAGAAGAAAGAAGAACAAUUUGGAACUGAAGAGAUUCUGGUUUUGGCUGUACAAGAGACUAUUGAACCCUUUCCCAGAUAACUUGAAAUUUGUAAAAUUAGUUUAAAUUCAAUGUGGCUUGUAUAUUCCCUGCCCAGUUUCUCUUGAUUGUUUUUAUACGGUCAAAAAUGAAAUAGCUUUUUACAAGAA